CAGCGGGAGUUACCCCGCCCACCUCGCCUUUAGUCCAAGAGGCUAAGCGGUUUUCUUGCUAGACUUCUGGAUCCUGAUUGCAGGGGCAGAAUCUGCAGGACAGAGAAAAAGUGGGGUGGCGGUUGGGUGCACAAAAUAUGUCAGCAGCCCCCAGAAGCUUCUUUCAGAAGCUUAGUCCUUGGAGGGAAUGCGCAAAAGAAUCCAUUAUUCCCCAAAGGCGGGAGUGCCUUUUGGCACAUACAGAGUGCAUUUGGUUCCCAGCCCUGUAUCCUGAGAGUCUCUUCCCUAGGAUAUUGUGCACGCAGCCCACAAUCUCUCUCCAUAUAUGCUGGAAAGCCUCUUACGGAGUCAGGCCAUUGUUCUUUCCUAGCUCUGCAUAGUCUGCUCCGACUGACAGCAGCUCUCGAGUUUCCUCCACGAGAUGCCUUCUAACCAGAUACGUCAGAACUGAACCUGGGACGUGUUGUCCUCUCUCAUGCUAAUAGCAGAAUGAAAAUGUCUCACGUAGAGUCAAGUCUUGGCGAGAGACAAGCUGGGAGUGCCCUGGUAUGGUCUACCUGCAAAACCUGUGGGGCUGCACCACCCGCGUCCACUUUCUGCCCGCCCAGAGGGCUGAGCUGUUCUGUUCCCGCCCCUGCCCCACAAUCCCCUGCUGCUCCUCCUUCUUCUCUCCUCUGCAUGUUUCCAUGUGAGUGAUCGUCGCCCAGGAAAGGCAGCGAAUUCAGCAGAGGUACGAUGGCUCCCCCCAAAGACAGUGUCAUGGACGGGCAGACCCCCAAGCGCCCUGCCAACCGCCUCCGGUGGGACUUGACGGCUCAGCAGAUCAAGGACGCGACUACAGAGCUCAUAGAGAAGACCAAGCAAGUUUACGAUGCGGUGGGGGCACUGGAGCGGUCCGAGGUCUCCUUUGAGAACACUCUCAAGGCCUUGGCUAAUGUGGAAGUGGAGUACACAGUUCAGCGGAACGUGCUUGACUUCCCUCAGCAUGUCUCCCCCUGCAUAGACAUCCGCACGGCCAGUACGGAGGCCGACAAGAAGCUCUCAGAGUUUGACGUGGAGAUGAGCAUGAGGCGAGAUGUCUAUCAGCGGAUCAUCUGGCUCCAGGAGAAGCUGGAAGGGACCUCCAUGAAGCCAGAAGCCAAGAGGUACCUGGAGCGGCUCAUCAAAUUGGGUAGAAGGAGCGGUCUUCAUCUCCCGGAGGAGACGCAGGAGAAAAUUAAAGGCAUUAAGAAAAAGCUGAGUGUGCUGUGCAUCGACUUCAGCAAAAACCUUAAUGAGGACACCACGUUCUUGCCGUUCACCAAGGAAGAACUGGGAGGACUCCCGGAGGACUUCUUAAACUCCCUGGAGAAGACGGACGAUGGCAAACUGAAGGUCACCUUGAAGUACCCCCACUAUUUCCCAUUGAUGAAGAAAUGCCAUGUGCCAGAGACCAGGAGGAAGAUGGAGGAGAGGUUCAACUCCCGGUGCAAAGAGGAGAACUGCCUGAUCCUCAAGGAGCUGGUGGAUUUGCGGGCCCAGAAGUCUGCCCUCCUGGGGUUCAAGACACACGCUGACUUCGUGCUUGAGAUGAACAUGGCCAAGAGCUGCAAGACGGUGGCUACUUUUCUAGAUGAGCUCUCGAUCAAGCUGAAGCCCCUGGGGGAGAAGGAGCGAGGGGUCAUCUUGGAUCUGAAGCGACAGGAGUGCAAGAAGCGGAGCCUGCCUUUUGACGGCUGCAUCAACGCCUGGGACAUGCGCUAUUACAUGAACCAGGUGGAGGAGACGCAGUACUGCGUGGACCAGAACUUGCUGAAGGAGUAUUUCCCCAUGCAAGUGGUGACUGCUGGGCUCUUGGCCAUCUACCAGGAGCUGCUGGGUCUCACCUUCCACUCGGAGGAGAAUGCCCAGGUGUGGCAUGAAGAUGUCCGGCUCUACACAGUCAAGGACGUCGCCUCUGGAGAGACCAUUGGCAAGUUCUAUCUGGAUCUAUACCCACGGGAGGGCAAGUACGGCCACGCGGCUUGCUUUGGACUGCAGCCGGGGUGCCUGCUGGCCGACGGGAGCCGCCAGAUCUCCGUGGCGGCCAUGGUGGCCAACUUCACCAAGCCGACGCCAGACGCCCCUUCCCUGCUGCAGCACGACGAGGUGGAGACCUAUUUCCAUGAGUUCGGCCACGUCAUGCACCAGCUAUGUUCCCAGGCCGACUUCGCCAUGUUCAGCGGGACCCACGUGGAGAGGGACUUUGUGGAGGCGCCGUCCCAGAUGCUGGAGAACUGGGUGUGGGAGAAGGAGCCCCUGCUGCGCAUGUCCCGGCACUUCAAGACGGGCAGCCCCAUCCCAGACGAACUCCUAGGGAAGCUCAUCAAAUCUCGCCAGGCCAACACCGGGCUCUUCAACUUGCGGCAGAUUGUCUUGGCCAAAGUCGACCAGGCCUUGCACACGCAGACAAAAGCUGACCCUGUGGAGGAAUACGCCCGGCUGUGUGACAAGGUCUUGGGUGUUCCAGCAACACCAGGUACCAACAUGCCGGCCACGUUUGGCCACCUGGCUGGAGGCUACGAUGCCCAGUACUACGGUUACCUUUGGAGUGAGGUCUACUCCAUGGACAUGUUUUGCACGCGCUUCAAGCAGGAAGGGGUCAUGAACUGUAAGGUGGGGAUGGACUACCGGAACUGCAUCCUCCGCCCGGGGGGCUCGGUGGACGCCUCCGACAUGCUGCGCAAGUUCCUUGGCAGGGACCCCAAGCAGGACGCGUUCCUGGCUAGCAAGGGGCUCAGCGUGGAGCCCAGCGAUCUGCCCUCGGCUUGCUGAGUGGUUGCCACUCCUUCCCUGGUCCGAGUCCAACCUCCUCUGUUGAAUUUUUGUGUACUCAGAGGUAUCUGCUCCUGUGCUCCUGGUCUUGCUUCAUUGGCAGUGAGCAGAUCCCUUUGUAGAUUUAACUUAGUUCCCCGCAUUGAAACUGGGGAUCUGUCUUGCUCCAGCGGAAGGAGAAAGGUUUGUGGGGGGUGGAAGAAACCGUGCCCCCUACACACACAUACACACACACACACACACACACACAUACAUCCUGAGAGUCCAAAUUUGGUACCAGAAAUGUCUUUCUACAUGCAGAGAAGGAAAAGUCUUUAGAAAGCAAUAGUCAGAGGUGAUGGUUUGAAUCAAAAGCUACCCAGUUCCUUACCAAGGGAGACAUGUUUGAGGUUUGAUUUUCACCUCUAUAAAGGGAAGAGACAGUGGCGAGGAGCCAUAAAUUGCAUUUUUAAUUUCAUAAUCUGGCUUAUCCGUAUUUGCCCUGUGAGCAUCUGGCCCACCCUCGUUUGGAUCCCCAAGUUGGGCCCAGCCCUAUCAGUUCUUCGGGUGUUCACUCUCUCAGUCGCUGUGAGAUCUCAUAAAACCUGCCCACAGCUUCAAGGUGGCGGCAGUGUGGCCAAGGGAGUUGGCACAGCUCCGCAGCCAGCCAUUCUGUCUUCCCUGCCGCCGCUGCUUGAUUUUGCAGUGGUGCUACUUGGGGCCCACCUCUCCAUGCUGCUGACAGUAAACAACCUUCCGCAUCUCACCAGGUGCCCUUCAGGUACCUUCCAACCUGCCCUUGGCAUCAGCGGACUUUUUAUUUAUUUAUUAGAUCCAGCAAGGUACUCUUCAUUUGUGCAAUGUGUAAUUUUAUUCUGUUGAUUUGGCAGCGUUUUGACACUUUCUGGUGCCCCCGGCACACCUUUGCAGUCCAGCAUGGAUCAACUGCAAGGAGCCUGGAGGGGAAAGCAGAGUUGAAAAGGCCAGAUUAUCACUUUCCUGGUUGCACUGAAGUCUGGAAACCGGCAAGCAGGGGGCUGCUUCCCGUGAUCAAAAGCUGGGUGGCUUCCCACGGCCAUCCAGCCAGGAUUCCAGACCCCUGCAAGCUCCAGAGAGCCGGUUGUCUGUUGGCAAACAUCAAGGAGGGAAGAGGGGGAAGUGACCGUGUGCUGUCUGCAAUCUGGGUAGGGUGGCAUGGGACAUGCUUUUCCUCCACCUAAGAUAAACAGUGUUGGGCAAAUGAUCUUGGUGGGCUACUGCUGUUCUACCCCUGAUCACUUUCCCAUCCUCCUACCUCUCCAUUGCUGUCACACAACAGGUUUUGGGGAGCAUGCGCAGGGCUUGGAGCCUGGCUGGAUGCUGUUCCUCUCGACCUGUUGAUUGUGGGGAUCGGCCACCACCUCUGGAGUCCUGUUGGGUAAACCAGCCUCUCUGGUUCUGCUGAUGAAUCGUGUGGCCUGGUGUGUGUGACCUUGCAACUUCUGGCACAAGCCAUUUCCGGUGCUGUUGCAGCCACAUGCAUCUACAGGCUCCGGGCAAUCAGCUUGCCAUCUCUUUGUCAUAGGAAUGUCUCCUCUUGGCUGGUCACAGUUGCAGUUGGGUUGUCCAGAUAUGAUCUUCCCGUCUUUGACUAUUCUCAGUUUGGGGCUGUCAUCUGUUUCUGGACCUUCUUGUACAGAGCCAGUGGAGAUGAAUUUAGGAGGGGCACAUCUCAUCUCCUGGGGCCCCCGACAGUCCUGUCUAAGCCAGAGGCUCUCAAACAUCAGUUAGGUUGCAGGCUUGCAAUAGGGUGUUGGAGCUGUGGCUGAAAACGCUAAGCGUAUGUCUUUUCUGGACAUUUGACUACUGAAGAUUCACAGGCAGCUCCUCUGCCACAACAUUUCCUCCGUUGCCUAUUCAUGUGUUGUGGAUUGAAAGUUUGGAGUGUACCUUCUGUUUGUUUUUCAACGGAUGCACAUGCAGCCCCUUUCUUAUUCCAACGGCUGGGUUUUAGAUUUGAUUGUCAACACCCACCAAUAAAGUUUUGAAAAUUUAA